AUGGAUCGCAACUUCUACCCAUUAACUCAUGAAGAUGAAGAACUUUAUAAAGAACAUGCAACUGGUAUUGAGAAAAAAGUACGUGAAACGUUUCCAUCGAUUCCAUCUGAUUUCGUGUUGAAACCAGUAACUGUUAGUAAAAUACCAGCAUGCGGUACGAUGUACUAUUUCAUGAUUGCUUUGCCUAAUGGUGAAUUUGCGAAAGUGAGAUUUAAUGUAGGUGGUCUUCAAAUGUUGCCACCUGGUGGAAAAGUAGAGAAACAUUAUGGUGUUGAUGAAACGUCAUUCUCAUCGGAAUAUCCCACCGAUUAA